UCCCGUCUUCUGCAUACCUAACCAAACUCUCGCACCUUCCUCUUUCCUUCGCGCUCAAGUCACCCUCUCGUUCCCUCCUCUUCGGAGAGAAGAGAUUGCUGCUUGAACAGGUUUCCUUUCCUUUCCUCUCUUCUCUCCGCCUGCAAAAUACGUAGUAUUUUCUUGUCUAUAAACUUUGAAUUCCCACUUUUUUUUUCUUGUCCAUUUUAACAAGUCGUAUUCAUCGAUUUCUCCAAUACCCAGAAUUUUAUUUCGUGUAAAUUGUACGCACGCAGUUUCCUUCUUCCCCAGCAUGGCUUUCUUGAGAAUUUUCCUUCUUUUUUCUCUACUUUCCCUCGCGUUUUCUCACGAGACUUUCAACUCCCACGUUCUUCCGAGGCCUUUGAUCCUCGAAUACCCCGAGAACGUCGAGAUCCAGUUCAAGGAAUUCGCUGAGGAGCUCAGAUUACAGUGUACCAGUUGGAGAUUCGCGGCUGAGACCAACAAUCUCAGCCCCUGGAAAACAAUCCCGCAGGAAUGUGUGGACUAUGUGAAGGAUUACAUGAUGGGCCGGGCGUAUAGUAUCGAUGUCGAGAGGGUGUCGAAGGAGGCCGGAGUUUUCGCCAAGAGUGUGGAAUUGAGUGGGGAUGGGAAGGAUGCUUGGGUUUUCGAUGUAGACGAGACCUUGCUUUCGAAUCUUCCGUAUUACGCUGAACAUGGUUAUGGCUUGGAGAUUUUUUAUCCUGUGGAGUUCGACAAGUGGGUUGAGAAGGCAAGAGCACCCGCUAUACAGCCCAGUUUGAAACUCUAUGAAGAGAUAUUGGGUUUGGGAUUCAAGGUUUUCUUGCUGACAGGGCGCAGUGAGAGGCAGAGAGGGGUUACUGUUGAGAAUUUGAAUAAUGCGGGAUUUCAGAAUUGGGACAAGCUCAUAUUGAGGGCCUCUGAUGACCAUGCAAAAUUAGCCACAAUAUACAAGUCGGAGAAGAGGAACGAGAUGGUAGAAGAGGGAUACCGGAUUCUGGGGAAUUCCGGGGACCAGUGGAGCGAUUUAUUGGGUUCAUCACCAUCCGUCCGCUCUUUCAAGCUUCCAAAUCCCAUGUAUUACAUUCCCUAAUGGGGGAAUCACUUCAAAUCCUAUAUUUAUGAAUACAUAACUAUAUAUAUAGUAAGGGGAUCAAAA